AUGGCGGAGGAGAGCCUUAUAUCGUCGCUGUAUCCACCCCCACCUGCGUACUACAAGUACUUCACCUCAGAAAACGUCAACAGGGCCAAAGAGCUUGAAGCUAGCAACGGAGAGAUACCGGAAGAUGCAAAAUACCUCGAGUUUCUAACACCACCAAGACAACCUGAAGGGGAGACGUACAGAUCUUUUGGUAAUGUAUGGCAAUUCAACGAUAAGAUUCCACAGCUCGAAGAUAUGGGGAUCCCACAGCUCUAUAAGCCGUCUGAUGUGCCCGACGGGGACGAUUCCCAGGCCAAGAUCCUCGCGUUGAAGAAGCUCAUCAAAUCAUUGCUGCUCAACUUCCUGGAGGUUGUUGGUGUUAUGAGCGUGGAUCCCAAGGAGUUCUCACUGAAGGUCGAGCACAUAAGGACGAUUCUGAUCAAUAUACACCAUCUCUUGAACGAAUACAGGCCACAUCAGUCCCGUGAAUCGCUGAUACUACUGAUGGAGAACCAGGUGGAGACAAAGAAGAAUGAGAUCCUGGAGAUCAAAAGGGUCUGCUCCGAGGUUGAGGACAAGAUCAAAUCGCUCGUCGAGAUCUACGUCGACGGCAAAGCAGAGGUGAAGCAUGAAGACGAUGAGCUACAACCUCCACAGGAGGUUCGCUCUGAGAUGGACGUUGACCCUGUAGUAUAG